AGACCUCUAAAACCCUUCUAUGUGUUGUGACCCAAGUGUCGAAAACCUUACCCUCUUCCCUCCUCUUCUUCCGCCAUGGAAACCCAGCCGAGUUGAAACCCCAUAAACAAGACUCGGAACCCAGUUCCCGGAGACAUGCGUCUUCUUCUCCAUCGGCCUUUCCGCAAGCUCUCCUUCUUAUCCUCCUCAACCUCCGGCCACCUAAUGGCCUCCAAGCAGCUGCUCAAGUCCGCUCCUUUUCCGAACCCACUAACCCCUUCUGCACACAGACACCCCUUCCACUCCCGCAGCCUCGUCUUCUCUCCGAUUUCCUCGAAACCCGUGUUGAAAAUUCGGCCGCUUUGCCUCCGGACUAACGGAUAUUCUUCUCUCUCCCCUGCCCAUGUCGCAGAACCAGGUAAGUUUCUGCGUAAAUUUGUGCUCAGUAAAGAAGUUGAAGUGGAAGCCCCAAAAGAAAAUGGAAUGUCCUCUAUGCAAAUGAGGAUCUUGAAGGAGAAAUUGGAGAAUCUUGGCAUAGACGGUGAAACAAUAUCUGUACCAGGGCAGUACAACCACUUGAUUUGCCCAAUGUGCAAAGGUGGCGAUUCAGAGGAAAAGAGCUUAUCCAUGGAUAUUUCGGAAAAUUGGGAUCGUGCUAUUUGGUGUUGCUUUCGUGGAAAAUGUGGGUGGACAGGUAGCACGAGGGCGUUUGUAGGAAACAGGUUGCCACCUGAAACUUCAAAACUUAAGAAAAAAAGGGAAAUCACAGAGGAAAGUCUAGGACUGGAACCACUUUGUGAGGAGAUUGUAGAUUAUUUUUCAGAACGAAUGAUAUCAAGGGGAACAUUGAUGAGAAAUGCUGUAAUGCAAAAAAGUACAGGUGAUCAGAUUGCUAUUGCUUUUCCUUAUCGGAGAGACGGAAAGCUUGUUAGUUGCAAGUAUCGGGACAUCGACAAGAAGUUCUGGCAGGAAAAGGAUACUGAAAAGAUUUUCUAUGGACUGGACGAUAUAAAGGGAACUAAUGAUAUCAUCAUUGUUGAAGGCGAAAUUGAUAAGCUUUCAAUGGAAGAAGCUGGCUUUUGUAAUUGUGUGAGUGUACCUGAUGGUGCUCCUCCAAAGGUUUCCUCAAAGGAGUUGCCACCUGAAGAGAAGGAUACAAAGUAUCAAUAUCUGUGGAACUGCAAAGAGUACUUAAAGAAGGCAUCUCGCAUUGUACUUGCCACUGAUGGAGAUGGUCCUGGUCAAGCCCUAGCUGAAGAGCUUGCACGCCGCCUUGGAAGAGAAAGAUGUUGGCGAGUCAAAUGGCCAAAGAAAAAUGAUAAGGAGAACUUCAAAGAUGCAAAUGAGGUUCUCAUGUACUUGGGUUCGGAUGUAUUGAAGGGAGUAAUUGAGGAUGCUGAAUUAUUUCCUAUACGUGGAUUGUUCAAUUUUGCGAAUUACUUUGAUGAACUCGAUGCAUAUUAUCACCGGACUCUUGGAUAUGAGUAUGGUGUCUCAACUGGGUGGAAAAAUCUGAAUGAUUUGUACAAUGUUGUUCCUGGUGAGUUGACUAUAGUAACAGGGGUCCCUAAUUCAGGCAAGAGUGAGUGGAUUGAUGCUCUCUUGUGCAAUCUAUCUGCAAGCGUUGGAUGGAAAUUUGUACUUUGCUCUAUGGAGAACAAGGUUAGGGAGCAUGCACGAAAAUUGCUGGAGAAGCACAUAAAGAAGCCUUUCUUUGAUAAACGUUAUGGUGGUUCUGCUGAACGGAUGAGUGUUGAAGAAUUUGAGCAAGGAAAAAAAUGGUUAAAUGACACCUUUUACCUCAUAAGGUGUGAGGAUGAUUCUCUUCCAAAUAUCAGUUGGGUUCUUGAUCUUGCACAAGCAGCAGUACUUAGGCAUGGGGUGCGUGGACUUGUAAUUGAUCCUUACAAUGAGCUUGAUCAUCAACGUCCCCCGAACCAGACCGAAACCGAGUAUGUGAGUCAGAUGCUUACUAAGAUCAAACGGUUUGCUCAGCAUCAUUGUUGCCAUGUUUGGUUUGUGGCGCAUCCUAGACAGUUGCACCAGUGGACCGGGGGUCCUCCUAAUCUCUAUGAUAUAAGUGGAAGUGCACACUUCAUAAAUAAAUGCGACAAUGGAAUUGUAAUUCAUCGUAAUCGGGAUCCAGAGGCUGGGGAGAUGGAUCAAGUACAAGUUUGUGUACGGAAGGUACGAAAUAAGGUCGCCGGAACCAUAGGCGACGCCUUUUUGUCUUACGAUAGGGCAACUGGUCAGUUCAUGGAUGUUGAAAAUACUCAAAAGAGCAGAUGAGGAGAAAAAGGAAAUUACGUUGUACAGUGGAAUCCAGGAGCAUGUUGGGGGUGUCGGGUGAGUUUCCUGAUUCCCGGUGGGUGUUUUCGUGUCGCGAAACAGCACGGCCGCGGCGCAAGAAGGAAACGGCACUCAACUACUCGGGAGAGUUACCUUCAAAUUUUGUAUGCUAAUUUUUUCUCUAUUAUUUGAGAUUGUGAAUUUAGUGAUUUAUUGGGUAUGUGAUCAAGGUGUAUUCAACAAUGUAGAAAAUUAUAUUAAUGUUAUGUGCUCUAUGUUUCUUUUUU